AUGACAGCUGAAAAUGAGACAUGCAUUGCUGGCCCUUCUCUUACCUACCUGACCUGCCUUGUGCAGUUGCUUCUGGAUUGGUUGGGACUUGAGAAUUUGGAAGAUUACCUGAACUACUUAGAAUACCUCAUGUGGGUCUUCACACCACUGAUAAUAGUAUUCAUACUGCCCUUCCUCAUUGUCAUUUUUCUCUACCUCUCCAUCCUCUUCCUCCACGUAUACAAGCGCAAAAAUGAACUGAAAGAAGCUUAUUCCAACAAUAUAUGGGAUGGCGCUCGGAAAACAUUGGCGACACUGUGGGAUGGGCAUGCUACAAUAUGGCAUGGUUAUGAAAUAUAUGGUUUGGAAAAGAUCCCUGAUAGCGGCCCUGCAUUAAUUGUGUACUAUCAUGGCGCUCUUCCCGUGGACUACUAUUACUUUGUAGCAAAGGUCAUUCUUCUGAAAGGAAGAACAUGUCACUCAGUUGGGGACCACUUUCUUUUCAAAAUACCAGGUUUUAAACCACUCCUUGACGUAUUUAGUGUAAUUCAUGGACCAAAGCAAGAAUGUGUGAAAGCACUCAGGAAUGGCCACCUACUGGCUAUUUCCCCAGGAGGAGUACGGGAGGCCUUGUUUAGUGAUGAAACCUACACCAUCAUGUGGGGGAAUCGUAUAGGAUUUGCACAGGUUGCAAUUGAUGCUAAAGUGCCCAUCAUUCCAAUGUUUACACAAAAUGUCCGGGAAGGAUUCAGGUCUCUUGGAUGUCUAUCAAUUUUUCGAUGGAUAUAUGAGAAAUUUAAAGUUCCACUAGUUCCUAUUUAUGGUGGUUUUCCAGUGAAAUUUCGCACUUAUCUUGGUGAUCCCAUCAACUAUGAUCCCAGUAUAACAGCCAGUGAACUGGCUGAGAAGACAAAAUAUGGCCUUCAGUUACUCAUAGACAAGCACCAAAAAAUCCCUGGAAAUAUUUUUCGUGCCCUGCUGGAAAGGUUUCACAGCAGAAAGAAAGAAGAUUAA